AUGCCACGUGGAGGAGUCCGUUCUGAUUCACACGUGGCGGCAGAAAAACCGCCGCGUUUACCUAAUGCCGACUAUUUCAUUGACUCCAUCAACCCUGAUGAUCCAUCAUCUAUAGUUGCAGCUAUGCGCUUCCUCAUUGAAAUGUCUGCCAACCUUUCGGAUCACGGAAACCAAGCAGAAAGCAUUAAAUGUGCAGAGUCUGUUCUCUUACUGAGACGCGCACAUGAGAAUGCAGUAGCACCACUCAUUGGACCGCUCGUUGAAGAGGGGUUGUUACCUCUUUGCAGUGUAGAUCACGCCGCAGACAUUGUUCUCCGGUGCAACAGCAAUGCUGUGAGCGCCUUUAACCAACGGUGCUUCGACAUGGCUGAACUGUUUCUAGGUAAGGCGCUCUUCUUAACUGAUAGUCGCACUACCGAGGAGCUGAAUUACUUCCCUUCUGCGGAAGCACGCCGCCUGCGCCUACGUGCCGCCACACUGAACAACCUUGGUUGUAUGGAAAAACGCCGUGGAAGAUUGGAGGAAUCGCUCCGGUAUUUGCGGCAGGCCGUGGAUAUGGAAGUGGCACUCGACAGGACAACUGGUGGAUCACCGUCAACAUACCUCAACAUGUGCACCGUACUCAACGAACUCCAACGGCAUGACGAGGCGGUUAUUGCGGUUGAAAACGCCCUUUCUGCUAUGAACGAGCAGAUGCUUCGGCAGCAACACAAGCAGCAACUACCAACAUGUGCUAUGAUGCUCGUGGUGGGGUUAUAUAACCUGGGAGUUUCGCUUGAGCUACGUAACCGCAGCGGUGAUGUCGAGAGGGCAAAGAAUGUAUAUCAGCAGGCAUUGGAGGCCAGCCGCAAGUAUUUUGUUGAUCCGGCAUGCCCAACAGUAGAAAUGGCAAUGAUGGCAAUCCAGCGAAUGCACGCAGACCCGGUGUUCAGGGAGGAGCGACUUGAGAAGGAAAAGAAGGAGCGUGGUAAGACGGCAAAGGGACCACUACCACCUAUAUCAAAAGCAGCAUCCGCGGAUCAUUUUUCGUCGGCAACAGAACCGCCGCCGCAACAACAACAAGCUGCACAAGAAACCGCUACGUCAGUUAUGUCUGUUAUACCAAGCACUCCAACACGCAUCUCGUCGGCGUCGAAGGCGUCGAUAUUAACCCCGCCCCUUUCUUCGGCCACUCGACCGCAGAUGCCCAGAAAUAUGCUACCGGACCACGAAUCGACCAACCGGAAGGGGCCCCCUGAGCGGUCUGUUGCGCCCGAUAUGCAGAGGGAGCCCCAAGGAGGGAGUGAAGAAGAGUCCCCGGGACCGCAGGAUCCACAAUGGUCAUCAACGCCAGGUGGAAGACCGUCGUUUCCACGGACUCAGGCGUCAGCCUGUUCUCCACCAUCGCCACAAUUCACGCUUUAUCGACCGGAAACACGUCUGGAGGCAUCUGUUCAAGAGGAACAACCACCACCUGUAAUCGAGAUUGAGCCGGAGUCCACCCAACUGUCAGCGCCCGUACCAUUACAACUGCUGCCCCAACAGCGGCAAAGCGAGGAAGCGUGCUUAAACCCUCUUGAGGAUGCAAAAGCAGCCCCAUGCAGUGAGUCUAGUUCUGCCAAGUCUGCAGCUGCGUUGGUGGCGAAGCCAGGGGUGCCGGGUCUUAUGAAAGUGAACACGCAGGUAACUGAGUGGCGAUCCGGGGUAGUCCGCGGUCAGUCGCCGAAGUCUUUGUCCGACGAAUUGCGUGCGCAAACGGUACCGGAAGUCACGAAGAAGGCCCCCAGCAUGGGUUGGUCGGGCUCUUCCCUAUUUAGUCGCUUGGAGAGCAUGUCGGUUAAGAGCGGUCCCUCUUCGCAGGAUCCUUUCGUGUGCUCAACAACAGCUAAACAAGCUGCCUCAGGACCACUGGGGGCCACAAAGCGGUCGGGCAUUAGGCCACUGGUGCUUUCCCCUAUUAGGUCCCAGUCGCUAAAAUCGGGAAGCACAGCCAGUGCCGGGGUGUCGGACGGGCAACAUCGCAUUGCUCUCUCCUCUGUGUUCGAGUCAAAGGAUGCGAGGAAGCUAAGUAAAGGAUCUAGUUCCUCUCGGUUAGAUACGAUGAGUCUCUUUGGUCGACGUCGCUUUGCAAGCAUCACAUCGCUUGCACCUAAAGACAGUUCGGAAACGGCUUCGACGAGCCGGCCUAUCCUUUCCGCGCAACAGGCUGCCUCAGUGGAAAAGCAUCUCAUGCGCGCCCAGCUUGGACAGAAAAAGGCAGAGGAACUACGGGGAAGCCUUUCCGCAGCAGGUCGCAGCGCUGCACUUGCCAGGGCGAAGGAACGAGAGCAAAAGCGUCUAGCCAAAGAGGAGGCCAAAAACGACGUCGCAUUAGCAGGGGUGCUGUAUGAGAAAUUUGUUGAGGGAAUGCGCACUGAUGAACUUAGGCGCUGUCACCGAGCCGCUGUAGCCAUUCAGCGUAUAUGGCGUGGUAGCCUCGCGCGCACACUGCUGACAAGGAUGGUUAUUGCCUCCAAGAAGAUUCAAAAAACUUUCCGCAUUUACCUCGUGAAGUUACAGGCCAUUAGGCUGGCGGAAAAGGUGAUGGAAGAGCGGCGGCAAUCCGCACGGUUGAAGAAGGAAAUGGAAAAUGCCAUAAUAAUUCAGAACCGUGUGCGACAGUUCCUACGACGACUGGAAAUACGGAGGUGCUACCUGGCGCGGAAGAUGCGUCACCGAAAUGCAGCGUGCCGCAUUCAGCGUGGUUUCCGUGCCUUCCUCAGGUGGCGUGAGGAGCACCUCGCGGCUCUCAUUGAGGCUCAGCGAGCUGAGGAAGAGCGAAUCUAUGAAAUGGAGGUACGCGCUGCGCGGCGUAUUCAGGUGGCUUAUAGGUGCUACCUGAAGCGAAAAAUGGAGUUCCUCUUCGAACAGGAGCAAGAGCGCCGCAAACAUGCCGCAGAGGUCAUUCAAGCUCGGAUGCGCGGUGUACUGGCGCGCGCUUGGUUCCGCUACUACAAGGCUUAUCACUACGAGCAGGAACUCAAAUCGGCAACUAAUCAGAAGCGAAUCGUGGUGAUGCAAACAGCUACGAGAGCCCUCCUUUCUUCACGCCUUCGCAGACGGAUGGAAAUGGACUUACUUUACCAACUCCAACAACAAAUCCUGAACAAGUCUGCAACCAAGAUACAGUGCCAGUGGCGCAACCGCUUAGCGCGAAUCAAGUUAGAUCGAUUACGUGCAGAAAAGGCGGUGUUGGAGCGUCGGGUAACGCGUGUUAAGCGGUGGUACCAGACACGUGUUCUGCGUCGAAGUUUCCUGCAAGUAAGAGAGAACAGGCGCCAAAACGACGCAGCCACCUGCAUCGCGCAGUGGUACCGGAUGUGUAAAGUGAGAGAGAAAGAAAGAGAAACUGCACGAUACCAUGCAAUUAAGGCACGUGAGGCUCGUUUGGCGCGUCUUCAGGCAGACUCUGUUGUGCUGCUACAGGCCAGUUGGCGGGCCCAUAACAGUUUCGUCUACGUCAGAAGUGUGCGGAGUUCAUUCUUGCGCCUUACGCUCUGCGCGGAGUUCUUUCAGCGUAUUGCCAGGGGGUUUCAAGGACGAAUGGAACUCUUCGCGUAUAAGUGUUUUCUCAUCCGUCAGGCACAGGAGCGCGUUGAGGCCCAGCGUCGAGCAAGGGCCGCUUGCGUUGUUCAGCGUGCCUGGAGGUGCGCAUUUGCAAAGGAUAGGGUGGUGCAUAUGCGAAGAUGUCACGUCGCAGCAACCAUGAUCUCAAAACACUAUCGUGCUCGCUUAUGUAGAAUGGAGCUGCAACGGCUACGGGAGGCCAAGAGGUUCGAAGAGGAGACGGCAGCAGCCAUGCGGAUACAGAAGGCCGCACGCCACUUCUUACGCCGUCUGGAUUUGCUUCGUCAUGAGAAUCGUAAAAGGAAGCGGAAGGAGAGGAUGUUUAUCCUCAUGCGCCGCGACGAGGCCGCGACGACGCUCCAGGCAAUCUGGCGCGGACGAGUAACACGGCGAGUACUUGAAGAGGAAAGGAGAGAAUUAGCGGCAUUAGAGGUACAUAUCCGGAAGGUGCAGCGCGCGUGGCGAACGCAUAAAUUCCGCUGCGGAAUAAAUGCGACGGUAUUGAAGCAUACUGACCUCCGGAAGAGGCGCUCCACAGCGGCGCUCAAGAUUCAAUGCUUCUGGAGGAAAAUGGUUGCUGCAGAAAAGGUGGCCGUCCUCCGUCAGUUGCAUAGGCGCCGUGUAAAGAAUGCAAGAAUUAUCCAACGGUGGUGGCGGUGCAUGCUGGCGAAAAUGGAGUUGGAGGCGCGUAGGUUGAAACGACAAGAGGAAGUAGCGUAUCAACUCUAUUAUAUGGAAAGAUGGGAUGAGGCCGUUAGUCUCAUUAACGCCUUCUUGCAGACAAUGCUCUCGCAGCAGCAUAGGCUGGUGGUGAAGAGGAAGAGACUACUUGAGCAACUGACGGAUAAGGAACGGGAACGGUACCUCCGCAGACACGCGGCCAUUAUAAAAAUUCAAAGGUUCUACCGCGGACACUACGAGCGUAUGUAUGCACGUGGGGUUAGGCGAAAGAAGAUGGAAGAGGAGCAACGCAAACGCGAACAGGAAGCCUUGGAACAGCGAAGCGCUUUGGCUAUACAGUGCGCUUAUAGGGUGUUUAGGGCGUGUUGUGAAGUCACAGCACGUCGUAGGGCAAAGAGAGAGAAACAGUUGGCCGAGGAGCUGGAACACUACACGACAAUGGAUCCACAGGAUGUCGUGCGCAACCUGUUCUGGAUGCACGAGUCACAUAUGAAACGCGACCACAUCAGGGGGCGUCUCAAUGUCAAGGCGCGAAGCGACAAGGCUGCGGUCGUGAUUCAGAGGGUGGUUCGACGCUGGCUUGCAGAACUCCGUAUGGCUCGCAGAAGGGAGAAGAGCAAAGCACUGAGGGCUGUUGCGAUCAUUAAAAGCUACUGGAAGAAAUACCUUGAGUGCAAGCGCGCUAAUCUGUUAGAAAUACAGAGGCGUGCGGCUACGAUCAUUCAGGCACAGUUUCGGGGCUACAUUCACCGAUGCGAGUGGGAAGAACGGCGACAAGCAUCUGAGAAAGAGAAAAGACAACAGGUAUUGGGAGAGAAUAAGUUCGACGCUACGGCCACCGUUUUGCAGUCCUUCUGGCGUCGCAUCACGGCGCAACGCUUGGUGAACCGGAUGCGAGAGGAGCGCAUGGAAGAAAAGAACUUCCAUGUUACCAAUGAGGCGGCCCGUACCAUUCAGCAGGUGUAUCGGUGUUAUAGAGAACGCCGCAUGAAUCAAAAUCAAUGA